AUGGCGAUCUGUCGGGCUCCAGUGCGCGUCCUUCUCGCGUCCCCGCCCGUGCCGCGAUUACAGCGCGUCCAUACCUCCUUAAUCACCUUACCAACGUUCCGCCAGAUCCCACGCGGCUCGGCUCCUCGCAGUCGUCUUUCCGUUACUUACUCUCGGUUGGUGGCUACGCGCUCCUCACUCGAUGCUCCAGCCGCUCCGCUAGGAACAUCCCCGCUACAAGAUGUCGUAUCCGCUGAUAGUAAAGACAGAUCGGAAAGCGCCGAGCUGUCGCAUCAGUGGCGUCGCUUUGCGUCGCAGCUCGUCGCACACCAGUUCCUGGCUGCACGUGGCGAAGUCGCAGACAGCCAACCGGCGACAGCGCAGCAGGAGACUGAGAAGGACGAGUCACAAACGCCCCAAAUAGAGGUACCCGAAAGAGACGAUUCUGUCGAAGCCGCUGUAUCAGCACAGUCUCCAAACGAGGAUGCGCCGCCCGAGCUGAUUUCAGAUACUAGCUCCUUCUCAUUGGGCGACGUGCGAGCAAUUGUUUCUGCGGGCUGCCCGUCAACUGACCGGAAAGCAGUGAAUGCAGCCAAGCGCCUGCGCUCCCUCCUCUCCCUCCCAGAAGCAAAGGUCUGCCCUCGCUGCCCGCUGAGGAACACUUGUGCACGGGCAGGCAAGGAGAUUGCACCACAGGAGGGCUAUUCUUUUGUGCUGCCCGCAGCAGCGCUUACUGGAACAGUUGUAACGGGCAACUCCAGAGAUGUAACAGAUAGCAUCAGAGAUGUAACGAACAUUGCCAGCGCCACAUCUGAUGUUCUGCGGCUGGCGAUGGGCUACGCUGUUCUGGCUGAAGCUGAAGCUGCCGCCACUGCUGCAAUGACCCCUGCCGCUGGUGCUGGUUCUGCGGAUUUUGCCCCGUCCUACCGCCGAAAGCCUGUGUCUGCGGCGGCAGCAGCAGCCGCAGCGUCUUCAGCUCGCAUCCUGCUUGCGGCAGGAGAGGAAGUGCCUCAUGCUGCUAUCAGGAGGCAGGCCCAGCCGGCAACAGCCAGUGCUGCAGUUGUUAGCACUGGCAGCAGGGGUGAGUGGCAGCCUAGCAGGGAGAGCAGAGAGAUCAGAGAGAGCAGGGAGAGCAGGAGGGGAAGAAGAGGCAACAGGAAAGAGAUAGGCAAGAAUGGAGAGAAUGGGGAGAAUGGGGGAUGGCAUGGGGAAGAGGGAGGGAGAGUGGGAGCAAAAAGAGCAGCAGUGGGGGCAGCAGUGGCAGCAAUGGCAGCAGCAGCAGUAGCAGCAGAGGCAGAAGCAGCAGCAGCAGCAGCAGCAGCAGCAGCAGCAGCAGCAGCAGCAGCAGCAGCAGCAGCAGCAGCAGCAGUGGCUCAAGGGUGGAGAGGUGGAGUCCAAGUGAGGGCUUGCAGAGGGAGGGGCGGAAUGACGGGAAGACAGGCAGAAGGGAAAGGGGCGGUAGAGUAUGGGAGAGGAGAUGAUAGAUUGGAAUGUAACUCAAGGGAAUGCUGA